GGGCCAGCUAGGCCAGUUUCCCAGUCCUCCUUGUGUGAGGCGGGCGAGCGCGCGCGCACCCUGCACCGGCCGCGGAGCCGCUAUGGGCCCGCUGGGCCCCUGGCGCCGCGCCGCGCGAGCACCGGCUUAGAGCCAGGAUUGAAACAACAAGAUGGCUGAUCAGGACCUUGGGGGCAUUAGCCCUCUCCAACAAAUGAUGGCCUCGGGGGCUGGGGCUGUGGUCACCUCCCUCUUCACGACACCCCUGGAUGUGGUGAAGGUCCGCUUGCAGUCUCAGCGCCCCUCAGUAGCCAGUGAACUGAUGCCUCCCUCCAGAUUCUGGAGCCUCUCCUACACCAAAUCGCCCUCCUCUCUCCAAUCCACAGGGAAGUGCCUCCUGUACUGCAAUGGUGUCCUGGAGCCUCUGUACCUAUGCCCAAAUGGUACCCGCUGUACCACCUGGUUUCGUGAUCCUACCCGCUUCACUGGCACUCUGGAUGCUUUUGUAAAGAUUGUGAGGCAUGAGGGCACCAGGACCCUGUGGAGCGGCCUCCCAGCCACCCUGGUGAUGACUGUGCCAGCCACCGCCAUCUACUUCACUGCCUAUGACCAACUCAAGACCUUCCUCUGUGGGCAAGCCCUGACAUCUGACCUCUAUGCACCUAUGGUUGCUGGUGCACUGGCUCGCUUGGGCACUGUGACAGUGAUCAGCCCCCUAGAACUUGUACGGACAAAGCUGCAGGCUCAGCAUGUGUCAUACCGCGAGCUAGGCACCUGUGUCCGGGCUGCAGUGGCUCAGGGUGGCUGGCGCUCACUGUGGCUGGGCUGGGGCCCCACAGCUCUUCGAGAUGUACCCUUCUCAGCUCUGUACUGGUUCAACUAUGAGCUGGUGAAGAGAUGGCUGAAUGGGCCCAGACCAAAGGACCAGACAUCUGUGGGCAUUAGCUUCGCAGCUGGCGGCAUCUCAGGGACGGUGGCUGCCAUCUUGACUCUACCCUUCGAUGUGGUGAAGACGCAGCGCCAGGUUGCGCUGGGAGCUGUAGAGGCUGUGAGAGUGAAGCCCCCACGGGUUGACUCCACCUGGCUGCUGCUUCGGAGAAUACGAGCUGAAUCAGGCACUAAGGGACUCUUUGCAGGCUUUCUCCCGAGGAUCAUCAAGGCUGCCCCCUCCUGUGCUAUCAUGAUCAGCACUUAUGAGUUUGGCAAAAGCUUCUUCCAGAGGCUCAACCAGGAAAAACCUCUGGGCCAUUAAAUGGGGCCAGGAAAUGGACUCUAGCUCUUCCGUGGAUGGGGGGCAGGAGGAGACUGAGUCAAGUGCCUUUUCCUCAGCACUCAGGGGAGGGGCCUCGUUUCCCUUUUCUCCCAACCAAGAGCCCCAGGUAGGGCUGUCUCCCAACCCUGGACCACCCAGGCCUUCUUAGACCCAGCUUGCUUCCUGUUGCUCCCCCUUUCUAAGAUCAUCCCUUUCCCACCCCCAAGUUCAAGACCAAAUCUGAUAAUUGCCUGCC